UGCAUCCUAACAACUUGCGCUUGUGUUGGUCUCCGUCUUCCUCCCUUCUACCUCGCCGUUCCCCUUUCGAGUUUUGCAGCUCUGCGCUCAUCGGCUAUCCACCGCAUCAAUUCGUCCUCUCUUCUUCCUAUUCGUCGGUUCUGCCAUCGGUAGCCGACCCCCCGUCUCCUCAACUGCAUCCUACUUGCCAAACGACCCGAUCGAUCGAUGAGCUUGGAGGGCUGUGAUGGGUUUCGGAUGAGGCGACGGCGAGCGAAGGAGGUGGGGAUUUUAGGUAUUGACUGGCCUCUUCAGGCAUCCGAGGAGGUGGAAGAAACGGUGAUCUGACCAGAUGGUGGAGGCGUUUUCAGGCGAGGAAACUCAUUGUUUAGUUGUCAUUCAAUAGCUGCUGUGUGACGAGCUGAAACUAUCAGUAAAUAAUACUAGUAUGUGGCACCGUGCAGUACUUGCAGAAUUGGCCUUCGCUGGACAAAUAUCAAAGUAUGGUGCAACAGAAACCACCAAUACACAGCAACUUCCCCUACACAAAACUGUAGGGCCUCAAGCCUUUUAAUAUGCAGCAGCUCAAACCAACACAGUGGGGAAGAGGAAGUCUCUUGUCUGCCAUGGCGUGUGAUGCCGUCAAGACGAAGGUCGAGGUAGAGGAGACGGUUGUCGACGAUCCGGUGAGCCCGACCGGCCAAUACUUCAACAGUUCUGUGCUGUCGAUAGGUAUUCUCGCAAUCUUCGAGUCGGAUGUCGCCAUUGACGAUUCCCCAACGAUGUCGACGCUGGAGAACCUCUUCUUGCCCAUCCAUCCUCGAUUCUCCUCCGUCAUGGUGAAGGACGACCAUGGCGUCCGACGAUGGAAGAGGGUCGCACUGAAGCUGGAGGACCACGUGAACGUUCCCGUCUUCCCCGCGGGCUUAGAGACCUACGACGACUACAUACGUGGUUACAUCUCCGACAUUGCAGUGGCGGAGUUCUCACAGAGCAGACCGCUCUGGGAUCUCCACAUCCUCAAGUACACAACCAAGAGUGCAGCAGGGACCAUGGUGUUCCGGAUCCACCACGCACUGGGCGAUGGCUUCUCCCUGAUGAGCGCCCUCUUCUCUUGCUUCCGGAGAGCUGACGACCCUUCUCUGCCCCUCACCUUCCCUUCUUCCCGAGCCACUAAGCCUGUGCAAGGCAGCGGCGCCUGGUGGCGCGCAUGGCGGAACGUGCCGCGCGCCCUCUCGGUUUGCAUGAACACCGUGCGUGACUUCGGGUGGAGCUUGCUGAAGACUAACUAUCUUGCAGAUGACUGGACUCCGGUGCGGUCGGAGGAGGCUGGAGUGGAGUUCCUACCGAUGGAGAUCUCCACUGUCACCUUGUCGCUCGACGAAGUUAGGCACGUCAAGGCGAAGCUUGGAGGGACGGUGAACGAUGUCAUCUCCGGUACAAUAUUCUACGGCACGCAGCUCUACUUCCAAGCCGCAGCUCCAGGCUCGAAAGAGGCUCGAGUGACAGCACUGGUGUUGCUCAACACGAGGAUGAUUGCAAGCUACCGAUCUCUAAAGGAGAUGACCGGACCCGACGCCACCAACCCAUGGGGCAACCGCUUCGGCUUUCUUCACGUCCCAGUCCCCGUUUCCGGUAAUCCAGACGCCUCUGAUCCACUCAGCUUCGUUCUCAAGGCAAGGCAGAUCAUCAAGGCAAAGAAAAGCUCCCUUGCUGUCCACCUCAAUGGCAGACUGCUCGAAACUAUCCGAAAGCUCAGAGGUGCCGAGACUGCUGCUCGAUACAUACAUUCCACCCUGAGAAACACAAGCAUGACCAUAUCAAACCUGUCUGGACCAAUGGAGCAGAUGAUCAUAGCAGGUCAUCCAAUCGGGAGCUUCUACUUCAUGACGGUGGGCAGCCCUCAGAGCCUCACCGUAUCGGUGGUCAGCUACAUGGGGAAGCUGAAGGUGGCCAUGGCCACCCAGAAGGGGUUCAUAGAUGCCGGACUCCUCGUCUCCUCCAUGGAGCAGUCCUUUCGGAGGAUCUCCGAGGCUGCUGCAGGCAAGAGAGCUGAUCGUGACUCUUAAUUAGACUUCGUCGGCCCGGCGAUUACUUGCCUACGUAGAACUGAAAAGCCCACGGAAGUCCUCCGUUCGGGCCCGAGAAAGCACACAUUAAAGCCCAGGUUGGAAUCUAGGGUUUCGUGGGUUCUCUGUUCUCUAUUCUCGGUCUAUAAAGAGGGUGACGCAGGAGAGACUGCGCAUCCAUGAACGACGGCAGGCGACCUUCUUAUGUUCUUAGUUCCUCCUCUCUUUGGUUUGUUCUCAUAGUUUUGGUAAAUGACAUCGUUGAAGCGUA